CUUCACAAAUUACUAAUGGCUUUUUGUAUUGCAUCAACCUGUAAUAUUCCUUCUGGUGCUAUUUUUCAACACCGUCAACGACUUGUUUCUAAAACACCAACCAGCAAAAUCAGUGUGAAGAAGCAACUCCAGUGCAUCGCUAACCCAGAACUUAGUACUUCAACUGUUGUAAGGCGAUCAGGAAACUACAAACCUUGCAUUUUUAACGAAGAUUAUCUGCCAAAAUUGACUAAUGAGUACACGGGAGAAGCAUACAGGAAAAAAGCAGAAAAGCUGACAGAAGAAGUGAGGAUGAUAAUCAAUAGUAUGGACAACCCAUUGGAUCAGCUUGAGCUGAUUGACAACUUACAAAGACUUGGAGUGGCUAACCAUUUUGAACGUGAAAUAAAGAACAUAUUGGACCGUGUCCACAAUAUCAGCGAUCAUAAAUGGAAGAAAGGAAAUCUAUAUGCAACCUCUCUAGAGUUUAGACUCCUGAGAAAACACGGCUAUUAUAUUACUGAAGAAGUUUUUGAGAGUUUCAAGGACAAGACGGGCAGUUUCUCGGCGUGUGUCUCUGAUGAUGUGAAGGCAAUACUGAGCUUUUAUGAAGCCUCAUUCUAUGGGUUAGAAGGAGAAAGUAUGAUGCAGGAGGCAUGGGAAUUCAGUUCUAAACAUCUUAAAGAUCUUGACGAAAAGGAUGUCGACCAGAAUCUUGUACCGCUUGUUGAGCAUGCCUUGGAGCUUCCUCUUCAUUGGUGGGCGCCACGAUUCGAGACCAAAUGGUUCAUAGAUUCAUAUGAGAGAAGGGAAGACAAGAAUCACCUUUUACUCGAGCUUGCAAAGGUGGACUUUAAUAUUUUACAGGGAAUUCACCAGGAAGAACUUAAAGACACAUUGAGGUGGUGGGAGAAUACUGGUCUUCGAGAGUUAACUUUUGCUAGGAUCAACUUCAUACCAGCAUAUUUAUGGGGCUUGGGUGUAGCUUUUCAACCUCAGUACUCUUACUGCAGAAAGUUCGUUGCAAAGGCCGUUGCUCUAAUUACAUUAAUUGACGAUAUUUAUGAUGUUUAUGGUACAUUGCCUGAACUAGAGCUCUUGACUGAUGCUAUUACGAGAUGGGACAUUAAAGCAAUGAAACAGCUUCCCAGUUACAUGAAAACAAGUUUUCUCUCGCUGUUCAACUUUGUUAAUGAAGUGGCUCAUCACGUUCUCAAAGAAAAGAAUUCAGACGUCUCAAUGACUCUAAUCAAAAUGUGGAAAGAUAUGGCGCAAGCCCAAAUAACAGAGGCAAGAUGGUACCACGAUCAGUAUAAGCCAACGCUAGAUGAAUAUUUGAAUAAUGCUUAUAUAUCAGUUACGGGUCCUAUUAUGGCAACUCUAUCAUAUAUAUCGUCAGCAAAUCCGAUAUUAGAGAAGGACUUAGAAUUUCUAGAAAGCAAUCCGGAUAUUAUAAAAUGGUCAUCCACGGCUUUCCGACUUCAAGAUGAUUUGGGAACUUCACCGGAUGAGAUGAAGAGAGGUGAUGUACCUAAAGCAAUCCAAUGUUACAUGAAUGAUACUGGUUGUUCUGAGGAAGUUGCUCGUGAAUACAUUAAGGAUCUAACCAGGAAGAUAUGGAAGAAGAUAAAUGUAUACAGAGCUGCAACAAAUUGUCCCUUGCCUCAACCUAUUGUUGAAAUGAUCAUAAAUCUUUUGAGAACUUCCCAUUACUUUUAUCGCCACGGAGAUGGGCAUGGUGGUGGAGGUCAAGAGAUUAAGGAUGUUAUGUUGUCAUCACUCUUUCAACCCAUUCCAUUGUCAGAAAUUAAAUAACAUGUUUUUUCCGAUAUGUUCUUGUUGCAAGGAGAAUAAGUGUGAUCACCCGAGGUAUCUUCAUUAAUAAUUCAUGCUCUGCAGAUAUCAUCUGAUAUGUGGAGGCAUUUAUAA